UGUUGAUUAGAUUUUUGAACGCAGAACUAAUUGAACAUCGAAGUGGCAAAAGGCGUGGUCUUCCUGUGGUUUUUGACGAGGCUGCUUGGUUCCCUGGCAUGGUUCAGGAUUAGAGUUUGAAGUUUUUUCGAAUGUGUUCUUGAUAAACUGGAUCUUUUUAUGCCAAAAUGCCGUUAAGAAUUGUUCGAGGUCUAUUGAGAGGAGCGACGAGAGGAGUCCUUACAGGAAAGAAAGGAAAUAAGCAAUUUUACAAAGGUCGUGGGGUAAGACCUCCAGGAUACCACACUAGAAAAGGUGGAUACAAGAUAGUAGAGAAAAAAGUUCCAGAAUUUAUUGUUCCUGAUUUGACUGGAUUUGAGUUAAAGCCCUAUGUUUCCUACAAGGCACCAAAAGUUGAAGAACCUCCCAUGACAGCUGAAAGGCUUUUAGAGAUGGUUAAGGAAAAUAUUCACUUAGUUAAGUUCAGAGAGACACCAUAGGCUCAGGCAGCAAGGCUUGUUGAUUAUGUAUAUAUUUUUAAAAAAUUAAUAUUUUCACGAGAGUUACAAUCACAAUUCAUAUAAGAAUCUCGCAGAUAGUGUAGGGUUCUUCUAGGCGUACGUUUUUUUAGCAAAAAGGUCGAGCCUUCUCUUCCAUUUGGCCUCUUCCUCUUGGCCCAUUUAAAGACCUCUAUCACUCACAGCCAUAUUAAAUAGAAAAAUAGAUAGUUCCCCCGUGUAGCAUCGCAUUCAAACUUUUCAGGACGAGGUUACGUGUAGUUAAACAAAGGCUUUUAUAUUAUGAGAAUCAACAUAGCUCCUUGUGAUCAAGGUUCAUAUGUAAAAUAAGCUGCUUGCAGACGUCUUUUACUGCCUUCUGUUUUCUAGGGGAAGAAAAAUAUCCUUAGCGAGCAGGGUUAUACGAUAUAUUGUAUAGUAGAUAGAAGUGUACGCCAAUCAGAAUGUAACAUUCGUGGCAAAUACCUUUGCGUCACAUACAGUCAAGGUGAUGACGUCAUAGGAAGCGGCAUCCGAGUAAAAGACUCAAGAUACUUGAUUAUUAUAAUCAAAAUAAAGCGAUAGUACCUACUUGCUGACAUCAACCACCGGAAAUAAGCCUUAAUGUUUUAGCUCAUCAGCAUCGACAAAAAAAAAAAAAAAAAACUGUUAAAAGAAGAAAUGGAGCUGGGCAAUGGUUUUUGGCACGAAAAUUUCGUGACAGCUACAUGUCGAAAAAAUUCGCGAGAAAUUGAAGUGCUGGGGAAAAAACCGUCUCUGCGAAUAAUAACGCGAAAAUGAAAUAACGCCCAAAUUUAUGCACUUUACGAAAUUCACGUAACUGCUCUAUAGUCCUUUAUCACACGGCGGCCAUGAGAAUAAAAAUCUUUGUUAAACCCAAGUAAAUUUAUUUUCAAGCACUUGAAUGCGAAGCUACGCGUGGUGGAAUCUAUUGUUCAAACCAACAUGGCUGCCGCCUGGAAAAGACCCCAAGGCUACCACUACCAACAUUUUCUUCAAAAUUAUUUUAUUUUCAAGGGAGUCGCAAGAUAAUAAUGAAUAAUCCUUUGACAGUUCCUUUCAGUGACCAUGAACAAUACUUUCAACUCGAGGUUGGAAUUGCCGCGCAUGACUUACUGUAAUACCGCGGUUGGGAUAAAAUGUUCAUCAAUCUCAAAA